CAGACAUCUUCUGCUUUAAAUUUACUAAGUUCACGGCAGAUUUUCUCUUAGUUGGAUAAAAACGAAAAAUUGAGAGGCCUGAACAAUUUGAAGCCCUCAAAGCAAAAAUUGAUUUCCGUGUCCCACCUCCGGAAGUUUCACGGUUGAUUGGACAAAUCGUUAUAAUCUGUACACUAAAGGAAAGGAAUUUUUUGUUGAUUCCAUUUUGACAGAUAAAAAGGUCUAUCGUUGCUCGUGGAAACUUCUUGUUUUCAGUCGAGUCAUUCGCGAACAUAGAGAAGUACUGAUUGUAUCGAGUAGACUUUGAACAAGAGUUCAUCAACCAUCUCGGUCGACAACAUCACAUUUUAGUGCAUCUUACAAACAAAAGGACAGAAUAUAUUGGGUAAUACCUGUGCGCGGAUUUCAGACAACAAGGACACUCUUGGCGAUCGUAUUUCAAGCUGUAAGCUGGUGCCAGCCUCUUCGAAUUUUCUCUUUUCUUGUGCAGGAAUUACUGAUUCCAGCAUUUCUUCAACUUCGUCAAACUGGAGGGCAACGUAAGUUUGGAAAUGAGCGACCCUUGCAAUGACCAUGUACUAAAUAUCGACGGACAGCCGAUCACUUUGGAUGAAAUUCUGGAAGACACCAGUUUGUAUUUCAACCCAGCUUUUCUUCAGAGUUGUGAUCCAGUGUUUCCUUCAUUCGACGUGACCUAUACGGAAGAUACGAAGGCUAAUGUGACCAUUCUGGAUUUGAAAGAUGUCUACGAGAAAGGACAGAUGCGACGAAAUGCAAACUCAGAACAAAGGCUCUUGGAUGCAGAGGUACACCUCAUGGCAACUUCACAAAAACCAAUUCAGGAUGUGCGUGCAUACGUGGAAAGAUGUCCAGAGGCUGCCAGAAUUCUUCAGGACAUGAAUGGGCGAGUUUCUUUGAACUUGGUGUACAGUAAAAAGGAUUUGUUUGUGGCGAAUUUUGCCGUCAACCUCGAUUCAGUUUAUAGUAACAAUGGCAUUAAAGUAUAUGAACUUUCACGCGUUAAAGGAGAGGAAAGAAACAUCUUCCGCGUGAUUGUUGUGCUUCAUUUUGCGGAUGGAACGACGAAGGAAUUCAUCAGUAAAAGCUUCCAAGUGCAAAGCAGAAAAAACGCGAAACAGGAAUCAGAAGAGGAUUUGGUAAGCGUGGAUAAUGGAUAUUGUGGAACACCAAGUCCGGAAAAUAACAGAAAAAAGCGAAAAAUGUUGGCAUUGGAUACCAGUCCCAGUGGAAGUUGGAGCAGUGGCAUGAACAGCGAUUGUAUCAAUGCCGCAGAGAUAAUUACAAACCGCCUCGACGCUCAAUCUGCCCUAAUUAAUGAACUGCGAGUUAAGAAGCCUAUUCUUACACAGAAAGGAGACAUUGCUUAUCAUUUCAAACUGAACAAAACCGAACUCGACCUUCCUCUCGAAGAGGGUGAUAUCAUUGGGUUCUUUGAAAGUUCCAGUGGCAACACCCACAUAGAGAAGUUGACCCAAUUUAAUGCGUCUAAAGCUAAGAUGGCGGGAGUGAUCAGUAGAUCCGCGUAUUUAGAGGCCAGGACACCAGCAGAUGGCGAAGAAAAAGGUUUAGACGAUCUCGUGUGUGUGAUUGGCAUGGUGAACGUCAAAGUACUGGGUCCAGUGAAAAACGGCGAGCGAAUUUUUGCCUCAUUGGAACACUCAGGAGUUGCUAUACCUCAGAGCCGUUUGAACGGUCGCAUGGCCAGUGAUGCCUUUCUACUCGGCCAAACACUAGAAAGACGGGACGCUGAAGAAAACGAUGUUAAUUUGGUACAGUCGUUCGUUUCGAUUCUCCUAAGUAUUACAUCCAGUCACAUGGCCGAGGCUGCGAGCGACGACUUGCGGAAGCACGUCAGAGAAGAUGUCAAAACUGAAGUGAAUAAGAUGAAGAAGAAAUGUUUUUCAGGGCUUCGCCGCUGGUUGUUCGCAGGCUUCAUUCUAGCUGUGUUAUUAGGAGUUUUGUUAUACCAGUUGUUCGUCCCAGGCACCGCGCUUCGUUAUUACAGGUGUCGUCAGGGCUCCAUCGAAGGCAGUGAGCUGUGGUUCACAUUUACCACCACAGACUUCCAGAUUCCUCGCGUACACUGUAUUGAGUUUACUUUCGACAAGUUGAAGGAAAAAAUGGGUUUGAACUUUGGCAGAAUAAACUACACAGACGCACAUUAUUAUCUGAAUCUGGACAGAUGUGCUUAUGGCGGAAUCCGACAUGUUCGGUCGCAUUUAGACAACAAAGAAAUGGUGCGGGGUGCAGAAGUAGUAGCAGUUGAUCACAACUGCACCACUGUAUAUUUUCAUUCGGAGGUAUGGACCCCAUACGAAUCCGGCAGGGAUAUCGUGUGUAAUACACAUCCUACGAAACCAGAGCUGAAGGAAAACGACUAGCAGGAAUCUCCAGGUGUGCAUUAUCCCGUGGAGAAUUUCCUUUUUGAUGGGAAUUUUAGCGUCAAUGGAAGUUAAAUUCACUUUGAUGGUCGCUGAAUUCCGCUGUAGACGUGAAGGUCUGGAAAACGAGGCUUUGUUAGAAAAACGAAUAUAUUUAAGCAGAUGAAAGAACAGCUCAACAUAGACAGUUCAAUAAUUUAAGUGCUGGAUGGCAUUUGCCGAAGAUGAGAGGAUUGCGGAGUACGCACCACAUGGCUGGUCCAUGUAAACUAGUUGAAAAGGUUUAUUCAAAAUGUACAGACUUUGACUAUUUGACCAAGAGGCUUGGUCAAUCAGUUAUGUAUUGAAUUUGUUUGACCGUUCGAUGGUCUUUGAUAGUCGUUUUGAUGUUAAUUUAGUUAGAAUUGUUUUACUGUUACUGUGGUUAGUAUUUUUCUCAUUAUAAUGAUUGCCAUCAUUAUCAAAUUAAUAUUAGAUUAAGAAAAAUUGAACUAGAAUUUUCUCCAUAAUUUUCCAUUUGUUCAUUACCUGUGAAGAUUUUUUAUCCUCGGUGCCAUGCGUUAUAAUAACCUACGUCAUAGAAACCUCUUUAAAAACAUCUUUGCAUCUUAAAAACGAACUUCUCUCAACGAGAAUGAUUUACAAAACCAGAAAAAAAAAAAAAAA